GGCUAGCAGUUACAGAGUUAGAAAGAACAACAACAGUCAUGACAGUUUCUUGUCGAGGCCGUUUGUCCAAAAUGGGAAAGUUGAACUUUGCAGCAUUUGUGAGCACAACCCUGGUGUUUGUUCUGCUUCAGUUUCGCUCCGUCCGCGGCGACAUAACGGACGGAAACGCGGAGCAUCUGAAGAGGGAGCACUCGCUCAUGAAGCCGUACCAGGGUGUUGGCAGCAGCCCCUCCAGUCAGUGGGACUUCUGGGGAAGCACGCUGGUCACGAGCUCCUACAUCCGACUCACCCCUGACGAGAGGAGCAAACAGGGAUCCAUCUGGAACACUGUGCCUUGUUACCUGAAGGACUGGGAGAUGCACGUGCAGUUUAAAGUUCACGGGUCAGGAAAGAAGAAUCUCCAUGGUGACGGCAUCGCCAUCUGGUACACGAAAGACAGACUGCAUCCAGGCCCUGUGUUUGGAAACCAAGAUCAUUUUGUUGGCCUGGCUAUUUUUUUGGAUACCUUCCGCAAUGACCUCCAUGGAAUGGAUCAGCGCAGCUUCCCCUACAUCUCAGCCAUGGUGAACAACGGCACGGUGGGCUACGACCACGGCAAAGACGGCCGCUCGUCGGAGCUGGGAGGCUGCUCGGCCGAGAUCAGGAACAGGGAACACGACACGUACCUCGCCAUCCGCUACUCCAAAGGAAGACUCACUAUCAUGGUUGAUGUGGAUGAUAAGAAUGAAUGGAAGGAAUGCAUCGACAUCGCAGGUGUUCGCCUUCCCACUGGCUAUUACUUUGGUGCCUCUGCAGCUACAGGAGAUCUGUCUGACAACCACGACAUCAUCUCCAUGAAGCUCUACCAGCUGAUGGUGGAGCAUACGGCUGAGGAGGAGAACCUGGACUGGACCAAGAUCGAGCCCAGCGUCAACCUCCUCAAGUCUCCCAAAGACAAUAUUGAUGAUCCUACUGGAAACUUCCGUGGCACGACCCUCACAGGUUGGAAGGUCUUCCUGCUCCUGCUGUGUUCUCUGCUGGGAAUCGUCGUGUGUGCUGUGGUGGGUGCCGUAGUUUUCCAGAAAAGACAGGAGAGGAACAAGAGGUUUUACUGAGGAGAGAGAAAGAGAGAGAGAGAGGAAGAAGAACAAGAAUCAGAGAGGUAUUGGUCAUGGAAUGAACUGUUCCCAGACGGCAGAUUCAACACAUUCAAUGUGAAUUGUUUUUUCUAAAGAUUGUACAAAUGUUUAUAUCGUUGAAGCACUGCAUUGAGAGCGAGUUGUGGAAACUUCUGAUGUUGGUAAGAGGGUAAAGCCAUGGUGCACGGCUCAUUGGCAGCCACCAUGAGUGAUCCUGAUCUAUGCUGUUUUUAGGUUGUUUUUUUUUGUUUGUUUUUUUUUUUGCCCUUUUCUGUAUUUUGUUUGCUUUCAGUUCAGGGUUGUUGGAUUGUUGUCUUUUGCAAGCAUUUAACUCUGAGUCAUUCAAACGUCUUAGCAGAUGAGUUUAGGCCUGUUGCCUAGAAAAAAUCUCACCUUCUCAGCCUUUUUGCAGGUGCAAACGUAUAAAAUGGUGAACUCCGACUACAAAUGAUUGUUUUUAUUUUUCAGGCUAUUUUCUUUUAUUAGAAGAUGCAGGAAGGUUACACAUAUCCAUUACUUUACAAAAAAAGACAGUACAAAGGCUGAAAACAAAAUACAUACAGUAUUUGGUACAUGUGAAUUUUUUUUUUUCAAUCCCAUAAAAUGUCAAAAUAAUUGUUAUCCACUUGUUUGAAUGAUGAUGUCUUUUGCCUCUCACAAAACCUCUUCUGAAUCAUAGGGUUCUGAUUGGUAUCCCUCAAACUUUUACAUUUUUUGUUUUUUUUUUUGUUUUAAUCUUUGUGCUUCAGCAUAGGGAGGCGGGGUUUAGUUUCAGCAACUGUUGUGGUGUGUCGCCCUGCUUUGUGUUGAAAGACAGAGAGAAGCUGUUGUCACAAUUAAAUCAAGUAAAUCUAUGUAAUAGAUUUCUGACUUUGAUACAUCACAAAUUUCAAUAUCUAAGCUUGCAAUUCCUGAUACGGUGUGAUCUUUUUGGCUCCAUGAAAACAAAACUUAAACCUCAGUGUUAGAUAGAAAGGAGACGUUCACAAUACAGUCUGUGAAAGUACUGAACGUUCGUAAAAUAAAGUAAAAUUGUGACAACACUGCAGACAUCAUACAGGGAAAUGUGCCAGGUACAUAAAGAUGUCUACCUCUUGGUUCGGUCCAUCACUGUUUUUUUAGAUACGCUCCAAAAUGUGAAUUAUCUAAGCAGCUGUGACAGCAGGGAUAAAGACGGAGAAAAAGCUGGCUGCUCAUUUGACAACAAUGUGCUUCACAGUGGCUUCAGUCUAGUGCAUUAACCUAUGGACAAACAAUGGACAGAUGUGGUGUAGCUUUUCACUGCAUGCCUGUGUGUUCCCCUUUUUAAUGAUCAUCAGAAUGUGCAAAGAAUAGUCUGAUUAUUUGUUAUUUGAAUAAAUAACAUUGUGUUGCAGUAUACAGUAUUUUAGAAGGAACGGGUUGCAGCGCUAAUGCAGGACAGAUGUAGGACAAAUGACUUUUGAUGGAUGCUACUGUAAGUGUACGAUGAUACCGAGAACUUACAAGUAUUUCAGUAACAUCUUAAUUGCAGAACACAUAUUACCGUGGUGUUGCUGCACUUUACUUCCACAUCACCUGUCAGUUAAACAGCGUGUGCGGUCCAGUGUCAUGUUUUUCCCUGGAUUUUCUAAUGAAACUUGAGUUUCUGUUUUUCCUGUUCAGCCAUGGUGGCUAUCACUGCUCAUGCUAAACGCCCGGUUCUUCUUUUUCUGUUUAUUCCAAACAAACCUCUAACAUAAAAUGGUUUAGUGUUAGGAAUUAGGUUGAAAUGUUAUAUCAGUUAAUGAUAGAGAGUACCAAAAACAACCCACUAUAAACACAAACGGUUUGUAUUUUGUUACACCCUUCUGCAAGUGUGUUAGAUACUAAGGACUAUUAACACAAAUCAGUAUUAUUGUACAGAUUAUACUACUUCUCCACAGGCUAAUGCACUGGUGUAAAGCUUUUGCAAAGUGCUGCAGUGCAGUGAAUUAGAAAAACAGAAUGACCUUGAACCUGCAGGCUGAGACAUCUUAUGCACGUGGUUUUAUUGCAGGGGGAGUGUGUGUGCGGAGAGUAUCUUUUUUCUUUAUUUCUUUCUUUUUUUCCGUGCAUUCUUUGUUUUCAGUUUCCAUUGCUGAGUCUCAACUGAAUCUAUGUGAGUGUGGUAGAGGUUUCCUCAGUUUCUAUUUCUUAAGAACAUGAGUAAUAUUUUAGCACCUGAGAUGAAAUACUAAAAUAAUUUUGAUUUAUGAGCGGUGGCAGACGGCUAUCAGAGCCAAUGAUUGAGCUGUUAGUCUCAGACGUUUAAGGUAGUGGAGUUGUUAAGCCUUGAGGCGUGAUCGAUGGACGGCUCAAAGGCACAUUUUCAUUGACAAUGUCAUCUCUUUACUUUCUGUGGAUAUCGUGUCUUUUUCUUGCAUUGCUGUUUUUGUUUUUUUUGUUGUUGUUUCUUUGCAGCUUCCAUUUCUACAAAGCACUUGAUCUGAUCUGUCUUUACAUGAGUAUCUUGCAAUGAAGGAGCAUGUUAAUUCUGAGGACUUGACAGUGACAAAGAUGUACUUUCCAUACCAGUGAAAUAGUGCAGCCUUGUGUUUUUUUUUUUGUUUUGUUUUUUUUUCAUUCAGGAUAUUUUUUUGUCACUGCUCUUGUGUUCUUGGAGCAGUUUUGCUGCAUUUGUUCCUGCCACAUCUGUAACAAUUUGGUGUGAGAGUCAAAGUCAGCUCCUGUUGCCUUAAAGUAAUUAACGUCAUUAAACGAGUCACUCAUGGCUCCAAGGCAGCAGCUGCUUCACAGCGGAUGAUUAUCUAGAUUGUUUAAUUGAAAGUAUGAACCAUGCAACCCCACAAUAGGGUCCAAUCUGUGGAUUAUCGGCACAUUUUCAGAAGCUGUCCCCAGAAUAUUUGGUCUUCACACCGAAAUUGUUGCAGUAUGUGUCAGGGAAGCACUUACAAAGUUUUUAACUGGCCUUUUUUCUGUCCAUUUCUGGUUGGUUCAAGCUGUUUUUUCUGUUAGACCUGAUUUUUUUUUUUUCAUCAUUGUUCAUUAUGUCGGUUGAUUUUUGACAAAGAUCUCCUCAAACUGUUUGACUGUAGAGGUAGUUUUGUCUUGGUUGUCCCGGUAUGGCGGUCGUGUUGGGUCAGUGGACACUCCAGAGCCCCAAAAGCAUUUGAACCAUAUCUUUUUCUCCACAUUGAUUGCUCAUUCUGUAAUGAGACAUCAGUACAAAAUUAUGAAUAAUAAAAAAUAAAAAUCAUACCUUCAUACACUCCUGAUGUUCUUUGGCUGCUGCUUUAGCACUUACUCACUUCCUGUCUGCGUGCUGCGGUUGUGCACAAUAAAUACUGAAAACUGAGGUGACGGACAACCUGGAAGUUAACAACAUGUCUCUUUACUAAUCAAGUGUCAAUAUAUUGGAAAUUUUCAUUUUAUUAGUGAGGUGUCCUUUGGCCUGCCGGGGCUGGAUUGGAGAGCUGAGCGUCUUGAUGAAGAUACAAAUAAAGAUGGAAAUAGCUCAAUUAAUCAAUUGGCAAAAAUCAAAUUAGAACCCAGAAAUAAUCAGUGUGAUGGGAAAAUGGAAGGAUCCUGUUUGACAAUGGAGUUCCGCUUUAAAAACCUUUCUAUAUGCUAAUACACAGCUCAGUGUGAAUCGAAGUGACUGCAUAACACUGCAGAAUUCGCCCGCUUGGCAAACUGGCCCGUCCCAGAAUGCAACUGUGCACUGUAUACAUGUGGACUGAGGGACUGUACUGCACCACCAGCUGCACAAGGCCACACUGUUAGACAGAAAUGCAUCUUAUCGACCUACAUCACAGCAGAGAAGAGCAUCCCAUCCCUACGAAUCCAGAUAUAGAAGACCGGCCCUGUUGACCCAGAUGAAAUUCUGGUGUUGCUAUGGUUACCGGCAGAAAAUAAGGUCAAAUCUGGUCCGUCCAGAAAAAGCAGGACUCUUUGAUGACAGCCGAACCUUUGAACAAGAUAUACACAAGGCAGCUUAUUGUCCACAACAUUUAUGCAGUUACCUGCGUUUGCCACUAGGGGGAGCCAGUCUGCCUACUGGAGCUUGUGUUAAGCAGGGAAGCACUAACUGGUGUUUUACGCAGGAACUGGCAGUGAGGAUUGUCUCUGUGUCAUUGAUGUUUCUCCAUCAGCACUCCCUCCUUUUAAUUUUUGAUGCUGAAAUAAAAUCCCGCCUUAUUA